GUGAACGUUGUGGGCGCCAAUGCACGUGGGCUUGCUCCACGUUUCUUCUCUACGGUCGAGAUCAAGACUCCUGACUUUGGAGCCGAGAGCAUCACAGAGGGCACGCUCAUGGAGUGGCAGAAACAGGUUGGUGACUUCUGCGCCAAGGGAGACAUCCUUGCUGUGAUCGAGACGGAUAAGGUCAGUGUCGAAGUCAAGGCGGAGGAGAGCGGCACGCUCGCGGAGAUCCGGGCGCCGUCGGACUCGACCGUGGAGGUCGGCCAGGUGUUGGCCACCAUAACGCCGGGCGGAGAG